UCCUGGACAUCAAGAUCUUUGCUCCGGCCUCAGACUCCAGGCAGGAGUGCUAUGCCUCCCUCCUCAUGUGGUUAAUUUCUUUCCUGAUUAAAGGCGAUUAGGCAGCCCUAAAGCCGACAGAAAUGUGACCGAUGGGAACAGAGACAAACAGUCCAUUCAUGAUCUCUUAAAUCCCCCAGGCAGUAUUUAGAGAGCCCUGAAGAGAGACCUGGGUCAGAACCAUCCCAUCACUGCCUCCGUGUUCUCCUCCCUUCCUCCACUAUGUCCUUCUCUGAAGCGGAGGUGCAGAGCGCCCGUGGGGCCUGGGAAAAGAUCUAUGUGGAUGCUGAAGACAACGGGACAGCAGUGCUGAUCAGGAUGUUUACCGAGCACCCGGACACCAAGUCCUAUUUCACACACUUCAAAGGCAUGGACAGCGCCGAAGAGAUGAAACAGUCGGAUCAGGUCAGAGGCCAUGGCAAGAGGGUUUUCAGUGCCAUCAAUGACCUGGUGCAACAUCUGGACAACACUGAGGCUUUUCUUGGGGUACUGAACCCGCUCGGCCAGAAACAUGCCACCCAGCUCAAGAUUGACCCCAAAAAUUUCAGGAUCAUCUGCGACAUUAUCUUGCAACUGAUGGAGGAGAAAUUUGGUGGAGACUGCAAAGCCUCCUUUGAGAAGGUGACCAACGAGAUCUGCACUCACCUGAACAACAUCUACAAAGAAGCGGCAGCAUCAGCCCAGAGAGGAACCAGCAGCCUCUACCUUGCCAUCCUCAUCAAUUUUGAGAGGGAAACUGCUUUCGAGCAUCUCCUGGGUCAUGGACUUUGCAGAGGUCAUUAUUUAAGAGACAAAGGAGUUGGUUUGGUUUUGAACUACUGUGGUGGGAGAAGUGGGGGAUGCUCUGAGCAUGGGGAAGAAUAUCUGAAGAAGACACAGGGAAAGCCCCAUCCUGGACAAGGCAACAGUCCCCCAGCACAGGGAGAGGUGCCUUGGAGGAGCUUCCAGCACAGAGGAUUCUGAUACUGAACGUGGUCACCACUGGAUCCCCCUGGGCAGGGGUGAAUGUCUCCAGCACCUGGAUUUUGCACUGCGACUCCCAGAUUGCUCUGGCCAUGCACCCAGGGGAGGGCAAACAGCACCAAGCUCCUGCACAGCUUCUCCUGACACUCCAGCAGUGACCAAGUCCAGAAGUGUUUAAUUGCUUUUCCUUAGACGUGGUGAAAUCAUCAGCUGAUAACUGCAAAUAACCACAGGCCAUUCUGCUUCACUGUAACGCAAUAAACAAAAGGAAAGCUGGUGCGUUCUCUCAUUCAGGCCCUGCCGGAGUGGCAGCCGGUACAGUGAGGGGCUGCUGGUGGUACAGGGCAGGGGGGUAAGGGAGUUACCAAGGAAUAAAACAUCUGUAGAAGGGAAAUUCAAUCUAGUAGAGCCAAGAAAACACUUUCUGAUUCCAAUUAUUACCUCAGCAAUGUAGAAAGAACACAUGUGUUACAGUUCAGUUUUGCUGAGCAAACGCAAUCACAGAAUGGUUUUAGUUGAAAGGGACCUUUAAGAUCACCCAGUUCCAAUCCCUUGCUAUAGGCAGGGACACCUCCCUCUAGACCAGGUUGCUCAAAUCCCCAUCCAGCUUGGCCCUGACCUUCCACUGCUUCCCUUAAGGCCGGCGGCAGGGGCAGCUUUGGUGAAACUCAGGGAAUAGAAAGAAACACAGGCAAAUCAAUACAGACGACAUCCUGCCUUAGAAGAGGGGGAUGUCAGAGAUUUUCUCCUUAAUGUUUCUAAAGUUAAUACUGAGAUAAUUUGCUGUCAGAUACUACUGAUGCUUGGGUAACCUGAUCUGCCACACCAGAGCACUUCCAGCCUGUGCAGCAGAGUGGAUUUGAGCCUGUCCAUGGCACAGUUACAGCAGUCAGACUGCACACGGUCAGCACCUAACAAGCAAUGGUUGGAUAGCAGUGAUUUUUUUUCCCCUCGUGAGCCAGCAGCACCCCAGGCUGAACCACUCGAUUCCUCAACAAACAGCAGAAAUAGGAACAUUCUGUGCUUGCCAUCCCCAUGUCAGUCUCCCUGCUGAUGCCUCUCCCAGUACAACUGGAGAAGGCACUGGGGACCACUGUCACCUCAGCAACAUGAGGCAGAGUCCACAGAGACAAAGCCACAGGAGAACUUCCUAAUUGCCCACUGAUGUUCCCUGUCUGCCUACACAGGAGAAAGAGGAGAGCAAGGGAGGGAUGGGGAAUGCCCACAUUCCCCUCUUCCCCUGUAUUUCCAGCUCCCACACAACAGUUUCCUGCUUUUGUGGGCUGGAGUGCAAAAAUGAAUCAAGAAGUAGGGAAAAAAAAGGAUCAAAACCAAAAAUAAAGAACCAUACAAAACCAAUGGAAAGUCCGACAAAUGCUUUUUAUAAGCUACUGCUUCCAGAGCAGCUCUAACCUGUCCUGCUUGCAGAACUAAGGACAGCCUGUAAAUGAAGGUGUCCUAUGAAACAUGGGGUGGAGCAGUGGGACAGACAGGCUGCACCGCCCCACCUGGGGCUGCACACUGCCAUCACCUCUGGCCCAAGGCUCAUUCUGCACUUACAUUUGCUUUAUGCUCACUGCAACUUCAUCCACUACAGAACCCUCCCAGUCAUGCAGUAAUACACACGGUGCCAUUUCCUGCCCUGCAGAAGCACCUUGCUGCAAUACUGAAAGCUUGCCAUAUCCCUGGGGCAGAACUGGUACAAAACAGAUGGGACCCAGGAUAUAUUUAAAGACAAGUAGCCCCCCUCCUCCCUUUUUAUCUAAAGUACACCACUACUGCUGUCAAAACUCUCAAUCACAUGAUGUAGCAGUUCCCUUCCAUAAUCAUUUUGAUCUUCCAGACUAUGGUAAGUCAACACCAUCCCUCAAAUGUCCAGCAGAAUAGAGAAAUAAUGAAAAGCUCAGGGCUUCUCCCUCCUGAAUACAAAGGGAUCUCAGUUCUCACAGAAGGGUUUAAAACCAUCAUCUGCACAAGCACAGUUAACAAAGCAGUCUCACUGACAGAUGUUCCACUGCAUCAGAACAGGGAACCAUCAGUCACCUUAACUCAGUUCUAUUCCAAACCACACUUCAGUCCUCACUUCCAAGAGAAAGCACGUUUCCACGCGCCAAUCAGAACAAGUGGUGACUUACCUUUGAUCUGCCUAAUGUUUGUGUGGCACUUGGAUAUCGUGAAGCUUCCCACCCCAGGAGAUCCUAUAAAUAAUGGAAGGCUCAGCUCUAAACACCCUUCUUUAAUUAAAAAAAAAAAAAAAAAAAUUAACAACAACAAAAAAAAGCAUUUGUAAAACUGAUGGCAUAUUAUCCAGAACUUGGCAGUGAGGAGUGGUAUUUUUAAUUGCAGUAUGAUUUUUUUCUUUCCUGUCUAAGCACAGCAUCUCUGGCCUGCAUGGGGAGACAGGUCCUCAGUAUUUCUGGAAUGCUAUUAUUGCAGGAGUUGGCAAUCCACUCAUCUGCAAUUCUGCUACACAAGAUGCAUUUAGAAAUGACUUCACCUUUGUCACACUAGCAGUGAGAACUCCAUUCUAAUGGUGUGAUAACAGAUUUUAGCAAGCGUUUAUCAGAGGGAUGAACACUGGUAACUCACAUUUACCAUGCAGCUGGGCAACACCAGAUGUCACAAAACAUUCCUAGGAAGGAAACUCACACUUAGAUUUCAAGUGAGUGUAAAGAUGUGGUAAGUAGGUAGCCAUUGUUAUUACACUGUUUCCACAGGAGCUUAAAAAGACACAAAUAUGCAGUGGUUGAGUAUGAACCAUGUUGGACACAAGUCCUCGCAGAGAUGUAAAGGCCCUGCUCUAGCUUGAUGCCACCAAAAUGCUGCACAGUCAUCUACUGCUUGACAAUUAUCACCUAUGUGUUCUGAUCACAGUGGAAAAGAUACUGAGGAGGAAAUGCACACAGUGAAUUUAUAGCUGCGUUGUACAGCUAUGAUUAGCUGGCCUCCAGAGGCCCUUUGAUUAGGGCAUAUAUUGUUAGAACCAGCUAAAAAUGCCAAUAUAUCAUAACAAACAUUGCUGCUGUUAUGUACCUCAGUGGUGCCACCUCAAGGAGGAUAUACUAAAUUCUAAUUUCUUUCUUCUGAAUGAAGGUAGAAGCUACCUGAGUAACUGAUUUGAUUCACAGCCAAGUCCUUGAGGUAAAGAGAGUUUAUACCUGAAUCACAGAAUCAUAGAAUCAGACAAGGUUGGAAAAGACCUUCAGGAUCAUCUAGUUCUACCAUCCACCCAUCACUAAUAUUUCCCCACUAACCCACAUCCCUCAGUACAACACUGAAAUGUUCCUUGAACACCAACAGGGAUGGUGACCCCACCACCUCCCUGGGCAGCCCAUUCCAGUGCCUGACCAUCCUUUCAGAGACAUUUUUCCUAACACCCAACUUGAAUCUUCUCCGCUGCCAACCUGAGGCCACCCCCUCUGGUCCUACUCCUAGCCAUAUGGGAGAAAAGGCCAACCCACCUCACCACAACCUCCUUUCAGGUCACUGUAGAGAACUGUAAGGCUUCCUCUGAG